ACUGUUUUUGCUGAGUAGUGAGGGAUGGUGUUAGUCAAGCAGCUGGAAACAGAAAGAGAGAAGAAAAGGAGGGUCGGAGGAGGAGAAGGACAAAACAAGCGACACAGAGAAAGGGGGAUGAUCGUAUCCAUAUGGCAGAGCUUGUGUUCUUCACUUCCUGGACAGAGAGAGGGAGAUGGACAGAGAGGCUAGAGGAAGAGAGAGAGAGCUGGGAAGCCAACAAGGAGUGAGAGAAAAACAACUGGAAGCGUAGCACAGUAACCCAGAGAGCUGUAGAGACCGAUUCAAAGCAUGUGACAAUGAUUUAGCUACAGUGUAGCUACUGUGUGGGUUUUUCUCAAGAUCCCUCGGAGGGAUAGAAAGAAAGAAUGAGUGAGACUGGAAGUUCCUAAAACGCUGCGCUCAGGAAUUCAGGUUAGUGUUUUAAUUUUUCUGCUCUCUCUUCUUCCUCUGCCAUCUGGAGUUGUGAAGCACUUCCUUAAAUUUACCAGGGGUCCAUCCGUUCUAAUUUUACAUCUACAUGCCGACCCUCAUGGUUUUCCGUCUUUGUGAAUGGAGUCCAGGUCUAGUUCUUACCCUAAGGCUGGUUGGUGAACCUCUAGCUGGAGUUAACGGUCCUUUAGUGGAGUUUGCAGACAUCAGCUGAAGUUCUCAGAGGGGUGUUGCCUUGCCCUUAUAAGGCAAAACCAACUGAGUGGAAAAGUAUUUGAAUUUGUGGUGGUACUGCUCCACUGCCUUUUCAUGUCUGCGCAGUCUGGAGCCUUGGUUCCUCUUCUUGGAUAUGUUUGCUGCCAGACAAUAAGAGCUUUUGUCAGUGGGGUGGGCAACUUUUGUAUGGAUGCUCUGUCAUCGACCUCAGUCUCACUAAUGAGCUCUCAUAAGUGGAGUCGUCGCAGAUCACGAGAGGAGGAGGCCGGUCCUGGAUCUGCCCUCAAGCCAAAUGUGCAUUCUGCCAUUAAAACGCACAUGCUCAUGGGAAGGCAAACACAAUAGACAGUGUAAACAACAAAGCUUUUGGAUGCCGUAACGCUCUCUGGAUCUGACUCUGCAUGCUCAGCUUCUGACAGAGACGGGAUGACAGGGUGGACCUCCGGUUUUGUUAUCACUGGAAAUCAACAGUAUCAAUAUGACAUCUUUCAUCAAACUUGUGUCAACCACUUUGGUUUUUGGAAAUUAGACUGUAUUAUACUCUGCUAGGACACUCUUUUGAAAGCACCAUGACAGCAGCAGCGUGGUACCAUCGGGAUAUCAGCCGCGUUCGAGCCGAAGAGCUGCUGGCCCGUGCAGGGAGAGAUGGCAGCUUCUUGGUGAGGGACAGUGAAUCUGUGCCUGGAGCCUACGCCUUGUGUCUGCUGUUCCAGCGACAUGUUCAUACAUACCGAAUCCUUCCUGAUGCAGAUGGGUUACUGGCUGUGCAGGCCACGCAGGGAGUGCAGGUGAAUUGUUUCCGUACUCUUAGUGAUUUAGUUGUGGGUUAUCUACACCCACACAAAGGUCUGGUGGCCCCAUUGCUUUACCCUGUUAUGCGUGAAUCAGAGCCCAACGAUGAGAGCUCAGAUGGAGACGAUGAGAAGCCAAGUUCAACAUUUGUCACCCCUCCACCACGUGCAAUGUCCCCUGCAGGCCAGCCCCCACCUUCCAGUUCAGCAGCUCCUCAUUUACUGCUGCAGAGGCUUCAGGAACUCAGGCCAAAUAGUGCGGGCUGUGAGAUUGUCCAAUUACUGGAUGAGUAUCUGCGUAGUAAUAUGUGUAAGGACCUGGAGAAUGUAAAAGUAGGCGCAUCAGGACUGCAACACUUUCAGUGCAUCCUCAGCCGCGCAUGUGACAGUCUGCACAGUGAGAUUGACCAGACUCUGUCCAGUUUGGAAACCUUAGCGAAGGUGUUUGAUCAUCCUAGUGGCCACCUCACCUUCUCCACAAUGCAGAAUACAGGGAAGAGCCCUGGAGAAAACAUGGAUAAUUUGCUUCACAAGCUCACUGCCCUCUGUAACCUGUUGUCAUCUCUGGAGAAGAGGGUUCUCAAAGCUUUGCAAGAAGCUGUAACCAGUCACAACUUAUCUUUGCAACCAGUCACUCCUCCUGAGUCUGUCACAGCCCCCAAAAAACAGGCCAGACCUAAUACUGUUCACAGCUUUCAGGUCAAGGUGGUCAGGUAUGGCAGGCAAACAGUGUCGGUAGACAUAGAUGCAGGAGUGCUGCUGUUUGACAAGAAGACUGGCUCAUUCGGUGUGGAGACUGUCACACACAACAGGAUCGUGCAGUUGGUGAAGAAUAGACUGUUCUGUAUGUGCGAGUGUCUAUUUUGCAUUAUUCCUCUUUCUUGUCUUAGGAGGAACCACAACUUCCAAGACAUCCUCAGACUCUUGUCUCUUGGAGAAAAGCAGCUCAGCACUUUUGACAUUAGCCUUCGUUUCAAUCAUCUCUUUUGGUGUGGAGACCUCAACUACCGCCUGGACCUGGAUGCUCUGGAUAUAUUGAAGCAUGUUUCAAAGCGAGAAUUCGAGGAGCUGAUGUGUGCAGACCAAUUGACCAAAGAGCGGCACAGAAGAAAGGCCUUUUUUAACUUUAAGGAGGAGAAGAUUUUGUUUCCACCCACCUAUCGGUAUGAACGUGGUUCUAGAGACUGUUAUCUAUGGCAGAAAUACAAGUCCAGUGGGGUGCAAGUCAAUGGGCCUUCGUGGUGUGAUAGAGUUCUGUGGAAGUCCUACCCAGAGUCUCACAUAAUCUGUACCUCAUAUGGAUGCACAGAUGACAUCUUCACCAGUGAUCACUCUCCUGUUUUUGCAACUUUUGAAGUGGGUGUGAUAUCACAGUUUCCCAGAACAGAAUUGGGUUCAGAGAGAGCCAGCAUUGAGCUGGAGGCGAUUGAGGCCAUAGUGAAAACUGCUAGCAAGGCCAAGUUUUUCAUCGAGUUCCACUCCCGCUAUCUUGAAGAGCCUCGACGUUCUGCUGAGAAUGACUCGCAGUACUGUGAGGUACCAGGAUUUCUCAAACUUGGCUGGUCUUCAAAACAGUUCCCCAAGCUCCACCCAGUGUUCUCAGAUUUAGAGCAUCUCCGGGAUCAGCACUUGUUGUUGUCUGUGAAGUCAUGUGAUGGCUUUGAGUCAUACGGCGAAUGCUGUGUGGCUCUUCGCUCGGUAACAGGGAAAUCAUCGGAUCCAUUUGAGACAUGCUUGACUCACAGAGGAGAAGAGAUGGGUUCUAUUCGAGGACAAAUCAGUGUUUAUGUACCACCAGACCGCCGAAGAAUCCGGGAAAGGGUCUAUGAGUGGCUCUGCAUGGAGAAGGAUGGGAAGGAAAUGACAAACGAUCAUUUGUCUCGCCUGUCUUCUUGUGCAUUCCCAGCCCAAGCACCAUCAUCCUCAUAUAUGGCAGCGCCAAACAGCUACACCAAUCCUGCGUACUUCAUCUUUGAGGGGGUGCCUGUGUUGCGAAGAGUUGAAGAGAUUCCCCCAUCCAGCAAAGAAUCCCAAGUAGAAUGGGCCAAAGAUGCUGUGAUACAGCUCCCUAGAGUGACUGGAGGUCACAGCCAUGGCAAAAGGUCUGCUCGGAGGUCCGAUUUCACAGAGAUUGAGAUUCCUGGAUCUUUAACAUCCUAUAAAUCAUCUUGCGAGACUCGUGAACUGACGUCAACUGCGUCCUCGUAUCAGCUUUUCCCAGGUCCAGAUGUUCCUAAUACAUCCCCAAACCAAAGACACACCACCUCCUCCAAUACAUCUUUACAAUUACAAUCCUAUAAGAACAAUAUGACACAGGAUUCAAUAUUAUCAGUCAAAAAAGUCACAAACUCCUACAUGAACAGUUCUGUUUUUUCCCGGGACAUACAGGCGCCACUCAAAGAAAAAGUCAGAAAGGACUAUCACAGGCUACACCAAGGUCAGCCCAUGCCAAUGCGAAAUGGACCAAAGCUGUACCCAUAUAUUUCCACAAGGGUUCCCAUUCAUGAGUCCUCAAUACCCUGGAUAGUAGAGCAGCCAACUACAGCUUCAGGAGACAAUUCACUUACAGCCCUCCAAAUGGCUAAAUCACUAAGUGAGGUGGAUUUUCAGCCAGUAGACAGGAAGUACCAAUAUAAUCAAAUAUCGUCUCAGCAAAGGCAUCAUGGAUAUGAUUAUGGUUUAGCUAGUGAGAGAAACUACAGCUGGGAGAAAGAGGUGUCAGUCUUGCAUGGAGCCCCAGAAACAGUGCGGGAGCUGCUCAGCACAUUGGGUUUGCAGCGCUACACGCUGGACCUCAGCCGUAACGGCUGGGAUGAUCUUGAUUACUUCAGUGGUAUUACAGAGGAGGAGCUGUGUGCAGCAGGUGUGUCUAAUCCGUCUCAUCGACGGAGAAUCUUGGAGAACCUUCCCAAGAUCUGGGACUAAACUGAAAAGAAACUGAGACUAUCAGGAGACAAUAAGACAAGU